GGUGCAAUUGAUAAUAGUAGUCUACAAUCAGAUCCAUGGUGUAUCACGUAUCUGGUUGACUAUGAAUCACCGAAUUUAAUUCGUCCCACAUUGGUACAAGGAUCAGCAAGUCCAAUAGGUACUGUCUUUUCAAAUCAGUCACUAUUUUCCAUAACAGGUAGGCAUUUUUUUGAAAUAUAGUGUGCUUUUGUUCUUAAAUUGAUCUGAUAUACUCGAUUUUCUACUUUUAUCAAACAGCAACAAGUCCAGUUGGUCGACCUUCUCGUAAUGGAACAUAUAUCUGUUUUCAUUUGGAUUCUACAAAUGCAUCAGUUCUAUGUUAUGAUGCUGGAUAUUCUCCAAAUAUUAUUUAUACUGGAUUUACAAUUGUAAUUGUUACAACUAUAACAUGGACACCUGGUCAAUCUUAUUAUGUCACAAUGGAUAGUGGAUUUGCUAGUGGAAGUGUCUUUUGUCAUGCUGAAUCGGCACCCAUUACUGAUAAAACAUUUUGGCGAUUUGAUAUAUGGAAUCCAGCACUUUCAAGUACAACCACAACGACCACUACUCCACCAACAACUCAUACAGUUACAAGCCUAGGAACAACUACUACUUCUGUCAAUACUGCAUGUACAACAAGUGGAAUAGUCGUGACUACGACGAAUGCUUCCACGACUACAACAACUGUAACUACCACACCUCCAACUACCGCUGGUCCAACAACAGCAGGCCCAACUGUCACAGGUGCAACAACCGAAUCGACCAUUCCUGUUUUUUAUCCAGAAGAUUUCGAAAAUGCAUGUAAACAACCAGUUGCAGCUAUGUCAGCUGUUCUCAUGGUUGCUUUUCUGCCUAUACAUGCUCUGGCAAUGUAUACUGCUUUCACAAAAUUCUCAAAUACGUUCAAACCAUCGAACAUCGCUGCAAAAACAAGACAUCAACAACGAAUGAAAAAUAUUUUUCAACGUUAA